AUGAAUGACUACGCUCAGCUGGAUGCUGAAGACAAAACUGAAGUGUCAUUGCGUGGUAGCAAUGGGACGAGCCAUUGCAAAGAAUCUACCCUUGAUAUGCCGACUAUGUCAAAGAGUCAAAAGUUGAAAUACAACAGAAAUAUCUCUACAGACAAACAAUAUCAGCACUUGAGUGCCAGCGUUGCCACGCAACCAUUCACUAAUAGACCAAGUCUACCAUUGAUAUGCC